AUGUUGGCGGGACGCAAUGGUGCCGAUGUCGACGAGUUCGACAACCAGCUCAAUGAUCCCGGGCAGUACGACAACCCUCAGGACCCGGCGAGCCUCUCGGUGGUGGAGCACCUCCGCGCGCUGUCGAUCCGCGGCAAGUUGACCCUCCUGUACGUCGCCGGGGUGAUCGUGUUCGUGCUGUGGGCGCUCGACUGGGUGAUCGCGUUUGCGUGCAUGGCGUCGUUCCUCGUGUCGGCCGCGCCCUUGUUCGUCUGGUGGAGCCGGAUCCGCUUCAGCUGCCCGCUCGACCUGGUGGUGAGGAGCUUCGGCCUGGGCAUCUUCGCCAUGGUCUGGGUCGUGUACAUGCUCUUCCGCCUGUGCAGCACCGGGCUGAUGGGGAGGCUCUUGUACAUGAUGUUCGGGAGGCUCGUCGGCGUUGUGGUUUUGGUCAUCCUCGUCGGGUUGGAGGAGAUGGUCAAGGUUGUCUUCGCUCGGUGGAGCAAGCGAGACGUGGCCAUCGGGCGGGAAACAAAGGCGCACCAGAUCGCCGCGACAGCUACCUCCGUCGGGUACUCGGUCGGGUUCUCUUUCUUCAUGAUAAUCGUGCUGGACCUCGAGGUCGACCUCUUGCUGGGGAUCCAGGCGGACUCGUCCGCCGACAUGAUCGUCGCGCUGCUGGCGCUCCUCAUCACCACCAUGUUCGGCACGCCGAUGCACGUCCUGAGCGGCUACCUGGUCGGGCUGGAGGUGACCCGCCAGACUCACUUCAUGAAGGUAGCCCUGUACACGUUCCUCAUCAGAUCACUCUUCAUGGUGAACAUCUUCCUGUGGGUCUUUCUGUUCGGGACGUGGCAGCCCAUCAUGGCCGGCCUCUUGCUGACGAACGUGUUGAUAUGCUGUGCCAUGGUGCACCGCAUCAAGAAAGUGGAGGCCACCCUGCCCGUGGAGUAUCUUCAGCGCGUGGGGUACCUCCAGGCUUUCGGUUACGGAGUUCUUCCUGGCGGGGAUGUAGACGAGGUAGAAAUCCCGAGCAACGUCGACGUAAACACUCUGGUCUAGGAGUAGGAGGACAAGUAUGGCGGUGUCGAUCAGCUGGGACGCGGUGGUAACGCCAGCGGAGAGCAAAAGGAGCUUUGGGCGAGAGCCACGAGGAACGUCUGCUGCUGCUACUGUUGUUGGCGGUGAUUACUUCCACCGGGGUUUGGGCGCGAUGGGGUGAAGGGAAACGGUGCAUGCAGAGAACGAGAAACCGUUGUUUCUUCGCGAGCGGUGGAGGUGGAAGACCUCUCUCUUGUUGGGAAUGGAAGGGAUGGUGGAAAGGGGGGGGCAGCGGGAGAGGGAUGGUUCCUUCGUGGGAACGAACUAAGCUGCUUGGCCGAUGGCCUGCUGUGAUGAAAGAGCAGGGCAACGCCCCUCUUUCCUGGACGGUUGGUCGUAGAAACGGUCGCCGGAAAAGGAGGCGACCGGCAGGGAGGGGGAGGGGGGGGGCGGACAGGGUGGUCUGAAGCUCUCAACCACACGAUCCUCUGUAAGUCGUCUUGUGAACGUCCGUUGGAAACCGCCGCGAGAGUGUUUGGAGGCUUAUCAUCAAGACCACAUUGGAGGUAGCACUAGAUAGAUUUGUCCCGUGUGUGUCUGUAGUUUCUGGUAGAAAGUCGAACCGCCCCCGGUGAGAUCAGCUCCGAUCUUGUUCCGCCCCGUUUUCUCAGCGUUGCUUGUCUCGUCGGCAACGACAGGAACGCCGCGUGAGAUCGAUUGGUUGGUUACCGGGCGAACAGCAAACCCCCGGCGUAAGUCAUUCGUACGGGUGUAAGCACGCCUACUGUACCGUUGUGGCUUUGAUUUGUUGUCUUGCCACGGGAUGCUGGACCGGCUGCUCGGACCUGUCUGAAGGCUGAAACUGACAGCCGUAGAGGGUAACCGGGGGGAGUUCACGGAGUUUUGGAUGCCGGGGAGGAAGCAAACGGUCUGACUUUUCUUAUGUCGGUCGCUCUUUCUCUCUCUCCCGUCAUGUAUCUCUUUCUUGCGUAGCAUUGGAUGCCCCCCGCACCGCCCCCCGUGUUUGUAUUCGUUUUCGAUUUUUUGUUAGUAUUUCCUACGAUUCGCAGCCGUUCUUCAGAGUGUUGUUUGACGUCGAUGGACCGACAGACGGCAGUAAGAGAACACGAACCUCAG